AUGUGGACAAAAAUCCUAUCUGCUGCAGCCGCCUUGGCCAGCCUGCCAUUGGCCCUGGCUUUCAACAACCCACCUGGGGUCGAUAUUUGGUGCGGGAAGGCCUACCGAGCCAGCAAUGCCUCUUUCAACCCCGGCGGCUGGUUUGAGAAGCCCUCCUACUCCCCAAGCCCUCUUCUUAACCUCAAAGUGCGACCCCGAAUGAGCAUCUAUCUCGACACCGACACAGCAGGCAGUCUACUCAUCGAUACCUCCAUCUCGCAUCUCGUCGGCGACCCAUUGCCCAUCCACACCAGCACUUCAUACUCGAGCCAACGCCUGCAUCUCAACAUCCACAUCCUCACUGAAGAUGGAGACCUCGUCGCCACGAUCUCCAACCACAGCCUCCCCCUCAACGCCACCAAUACCGAAAUCCCUCUCCCCUUCAACAACCUCACCCCGCACCUGACCCCCUACACCAUCACCACUAUCGCAUCCCUCUCCAAUACCACCACCACAGUCACCACCACCUCCGAGCUAUACUACCUCCCCCACCGCACAGACGGCGGCAGCGCCACCCGUAUCGACCACCGCUACGGCAGCCUCUCCUACCUCCGAGGCUCAUCCACCACCUGGACCCCCAUCUUCCCCUACACCUACUACGUCCAAUGGUCCCUCUACUGGGACACCAACACCAGCACCCUCCCCACCUUCGCCUCCGCCGGCUACAACGUAAUCCACAUCGUCCCGACCGGCACCCUCUCCGACACCCCGUUCCCCUGGUCCCAGUUCACCCCCUACCUCACCCUCGCCGACACCCUAAACCUCCACCUCCAAUACGACGUCCUCUGGGACCCCACCAACCUCACAGCCAUGAUCGACCAAGUCUCCCACAUCCACACCCACCCCUCUCUCCUCCUCUACUACACUGGCGACGAACCCGACGGCAAAUCAAACCCCCUCAACAGUACCAAAAUCGCCUACGACACCCUCCGCCGCUUAGACCCCUACCAUCCCACUUCCCUCGCCCUGAACUGCAAGAACUUCUACUACGAGGAGUAUGCCUCCGGCGCGGAUAUCAUCCUCUCGGAUGUGUACCCCGUCGCUACGAAUACCUCCUGGUCGACGGUCUACGAUACCCCGUGUAAUGCGACGUAUGGAUGUUGUGGCUGUGAUGACUGUGAAGGACGGUUUGAGGAUAUAUCCUCCCGAAUCGACCAAUUCCAUUCCUUUGACGAUCUUCUCGGGUGGGAAAAGGUGCAUUGGGGUGCGCCCCAGGCAUUUGGGAAUGAGACCUUUUGGACGAGAUAUCCCACCGCGGAGGAAGAGGUCGUUAUGAUCAUGUUGAGUAUUAAUCAUGGCGCCAUGGGUAUUGUGAUGUGGGAUUAUCCGAGUAGUGAGGAGAUUGAGCGGGUUACUAGGGAAUUGGCGCCCGUGGUUACGGGAGAAGAGAUGGUGGGGUUUUUGGUGGGGGCGGAUAGGGAGAGGGGCGUAGUGAACGGCGCGGAGAGGGUGGAUGUGGCGGUUUGGGUUAGCGGAGGGAAGGCGUUGGUGAGUAUUUUAAAUUUGAAUUACGAGGGGGUCGAGGCAGAGGUUAAGGUGGUGUUGGCCGGAGGGUUGGGGGUGAAGAAAUUGGAAUGUGUGCUUUGGGGUGGUGAGGGAUGGAGAGUUGAAGGUGGUGAAUUGGUGAGUGAUGGGUUGGGUGGUUUGGAGGUGAGUAUUCUAGUUGUGGAGUUGGAGUAG